GCCGCUUCACUCACGCACGCAGUUGUUUUCCUUCCGGGAAGUGCGCCGUGACUGUGUCAUCUUCUUCAGGAUGGCGACAGAUGGAGACUUCCUGCUGCGCUACAGAGCUGUCUCUAACAAGCUUAAGAAGAGAUUUUUACGGAAGCCAAAUGUUGCUGAGGCUAGUGAGCAGUUUGGUCAGUUGGCUAAAGAACUCAAGCAACAAGACUGCCUUCAAUAUGCUGGUUUCUGUAACUUAGCUAUGGCUAGAUGUGAGCAGACGCUGUUUAAUGCUCCAGGAGAGGCCAUGGCAUUAACAGAAGCUGCACGUCUUUUUUUGCAAGAAGAAAAGGAAACUCAGCGCUUGAAGUGUCCAGGGUUUGAGGAACAUCUGCAGGCUGCCAUUAACUGCUACAGCUUUGCCAUAAAAGUUUACAUUGAACUCAACCAGCCAGUGAUGGCAGCCAGCCUUUGCCUGGAACUAGGAAAUGCUCUGAAGGAUAUGAGUAAACUGGGAGAAGCCAUGGUGUAUUUCCAGCGUGCAGCAGAGUUGCAAACACAAGUUCCUAUUGAGUGCCUGCUUUCACUUGGAUAUGUAGCUUCCUGUAAGAUCAUGACACGUGACUAUGAUGGAGCUUUGGCUGUAUUCACAGAGAUGCAACUUCUGGCCCAGGAAAAGGGACUGCACACCCCUGGGAACAGUCUACCAGUUGGAGCAUUUCUGGACAUCAUAGCAAAGUGUGAAGUAUCAAGGGUCCUUCUGCUUAUGUUGUUGCAGCCUCCACCUCAGAAGCUGCUGCCUGAACAUGCUCAAACUCUGGAAAAAUAUGACUGGGAAGCAUUUGAUAGUCACAGCCAUGUGAAUUAUUUGACAGAAGAAGUGUUUUUACUGCUGCAGUCAGUAGUCAUGGCCUGCCAAGAAAAUGAUGUGGAAUCCCUAAAAGUUCUGCAGGUAGAGUUAUGGCCGCUCUUAACACCUGAACAGAAUCACUUACUGCAUUUGGUUCUGCAAGAGAUGAUCUGCCCAUCAGGUCAAGGCAUCUGAACCUUACAAACAUUUCAUUCUGUAGCACGGGGUAGUUCAUGUAAGCUUCCUGUAAGACAUUUUGCACACACAUUUUUGUGCAAAACCUGUUUUAAGUUAUGUACUGUUUGGGUGUCUAGAUAUAGUUCCUCAGUGCCCCACAGAAAAGAAAGGGAGGAUCUCUGUUACUGCUUUGGCAGAAAGAUACAGGUUAAUCAUACUUUUGACAGGCUUAGUUAGUGAUUACCCUCCUAAUGUUACAAACUCUCAAACUGUUCUGCCCCCAAAAUUUCUAAAAAGAAUCUAAAAGGUUCCAGCCAUGGAGGAGCUCCAGGAAAUACGGUUUUCCUGGCAGCAAAUACAUUUUAUUGACUAUAAGAUACGUCAAACACCAAAAUAUGUGUUGGGGUUAGUGGAGGGUAGGCCUGUUAGUAAGGAUCAGCAACUGAGCUGCAGAUUGUGCAAGGUGGUAUGCAUGAUGGUAUAUGAAUGAAAGCUGGUAGGGCUUUGGCAAAGUUUUAAAACUGCAAUUAUGUGCACUCAAAGAUUACCAAACUCCAUCAAUAGCCUGGACAGAGAAAAUGACUCAUAAGUGCUUUGUAAUAUUCACAGUUGUUUAUAAAUGACAUGAAAAUGUCCUCUUUUAAAUGAUAUAUAGUCCUUGCUAUUGAUCUGUCAUUGCUUUCCUAAAAGACAGAGAUCUUUUCUGGACAAAUUAAUUCUGGUUGAAGGGAAACCGGUAAUAUAAUUAAGUCUUAGUUGUAGUAGAAAACUGGUGACACACACAACCAUUACAACACUUUUGGUUGCCAAGAUUUAAUUUCUCUUUUACUGCACAUGUGCAAGACCUUUAUUUCAGAUGGACUGUCGUCUAGCAGUAAUGCCAAUUUACCAUUCAUACAAAUAACACUGUAUUGUGCUGUAAGUGCACAAGGGUAUUUCUCUGUAUUCUGGAAAAUACAUUUUCUGUAAAUAAUGGGUGUUAUGAGUAAUGAUAGAUUAAAGUGACGAAUUUUCACUCUUGAACAUCACA